AGGCGAGGGGAGACGAACGUCAUAUUUCCUUUGGAUGGAGAAGAUGAGGGUCCAAAAACAUCUCUCAGGAGAUUAGGGAUUUUGCCUGUACCAUAACGAUGGAGACGCUUCGCUCGUCCUUUCCAGGGGCUGGAUCGACGACCGAGGGGCCAGCCGUGCAAGAAAGCCAGCGCGGACAGUUGCACUUGUUUACAUUUGGAUCACCGAUGGGUAGGAAGUGUCAGAUUGCCCUGGAAACGCUGCGGGAAUUGUAUGGAGACCGGGUCAAUUGGACCUGGGAGCGAGUUCCUCUGCCAAAGAAGGUGCAGAAGUCGGACUGGUACAUGCAACUCAAUCCGGAUGGUCGGAUCCCCCUGCUCGUUGAUCAGGACUUGAUUGACCCCUCGACGGGAAAACCGGCAUACCUGCGUGAAAGCGGCGCGAUUCUUCUGCAUCUAGUCGAAAAGUUCGACAUUAAUCAUCAAGUGGAUUUUGACACCAGCUUUGAGAGACAGGAGAUGCUGGCCUGGAUCAUGUUUUGCAAUUCAGCACUGGGGCCAGCUCAAGCUAAAGGGAACCAUUUCUGCAACCUUAGAGCCUCAGGACAAGACGUUCCCGUUGCAAGAGAACUCUUUGUGAGCGAGGUCCACCGACUAUAUCAAAUCUUUGAGGAUAGGCUGAGCGGGAAAGAAUCCGGGUCUGAAAGAGACUGGGUUGCAGGGAAGGGGCGAGGCAGGUUUUCUUUGGCUGAAAUCGAAUUGUUUCCCUGGAUCUAUAUCCAUGCAAAGUUCGGCAUCAUGACCACGGACGAGUUCAAUGCACGUUACAUCCAUCUCACGCGAUGGCUGGAGCGAUGUUGGGCAAGAGACGCGGUCCGGCGUGGGGUCCAAGGGUACGAUGCUUGGUAACUACAACCCAACCACAUAUUCAAUCUCUCGAUCAUUGCGGUUGUAGAUAGGGCUCCUUUCUAUCGGGUGCGAUAUAUUCGGUGGUUUUAUCAACUGGAUGAUAGAUUUGAUAGAAAAAUAGCUAUCAUAUAGUAUCAUGUCAUCACCUCGUAUACCAUGCUUUGCUUCAAG